UCUCAAAUUCGGUCUCAAGGCGCCAGAGGAGGUGUUUUAGCGGGGACUGCGAUCCGGGACUGCAGUCGCGCUCGGCGGGUCGGAGCGCUGGCGCUUCCCGGACGCCGCGGGGUCCCCGCCAGCGCAGGGCACUCGGAGCGGGGAACUGAGCGCCUCGCUUUCCCCGCCAGAUGUCUCCGCCCGGCUGCUGAUCACCUCUCCCAGCUGAUCCCGCGCCGGUGUGGGAUCGUGGAGGUCCCGGUGGAGGCAGGAAGCCUCCUUUGCAAAGCGGGAAUGGAGGUGAAUUGUUUAACACUACACGAUCUGAUCAACCCCAGGCAGUCCAGACUAGAUUUUGCAAUUGAAGAUGGGGAAAAUGCACAAAAGGAAAACAUAUUUGUGGAUCGCUCAAGGAUGGCCCCCAAGACGCCAAUAAAAAAUGAACCAAUUGACUUAUCGAAGCAAAAGAUCUUCACUCCAGAAAGAAAUCCCAUUACCCCAGUUAAGCUCGUGGACCGACAGCAGGCGGAACCGUGGACGCCCACAGCUAACCUGAAGAUACUCAUCAGUGCUGCCAGCCCGGACAUCAGAGACCGAGAGAAGAAAAAGGGGCUGUUCAGGCCCAUUGAGAACAAGGACGAUGUGUUUACAGACUCCCUGCAGCUUGAUGUCCUUGGGGACAGUGCUGUGGACGAAUUUGAAAAGCAAAGGCCAAGCAGGAAACAGAAAAGCUUAGGACUCCUGUGCCAGAAGUUUCUAGCUCGCUAUCCAAGUUAUCCACUGUCAACUGAGAAAACUACCAUCUCCUUAGAUGAAGUUGCUGUCAGUCUCGGCGUUGAAAGGAGGCGCAUUUAUGACAUUGUCAACGUGCUGGAGUCUCUGCGUCUGGUCAGCCGGGUGGCCAAGAACCAGUAUGGCUGGCACGGCCGGCACAGCCUGCCACGCACCCUGCGGGACCUCCAAAGACUAGGAGAGGAGCAGAAGUAUGAAGAGCAGAUGGCCCACCUCCAGCAGAAAGAGCUAGACCUGAUGGAUUAUAAAUUUGGAGAACAGAAGAAAGACGGCUGUCCAGACUCCCAAGACCAUCAGUUACUGGACUUCUCUGAACCGGACUAUCCCUCCUCAUCUGCAAACAGUAGAAAGGACAAAUCUCUUAGAAUCAUGAGCCAGAAGUUUGUCAUGCUCUUCCUAGUCUCCAAAACGAAGAUUGUUACUCUUGAUGUGGCUGCCAAAAUACUGAUAGAGGAAAGCCAAGAUACGCCGGACCACAGUAAAUUUAAAACAAAGGUACGACGCCUCUAUGACAUAGCCAACGUUCUGACCAGCUUGGCUCUGAUAAAGAAAGUGCACGUAACAGAAGAGCGAGGCCGUAAACCCGCCUUCAAGUGGAUCGGACCUGUGGACUUCAGCUCCAGCGAUGAAGAACUAGUGGAUGUUUCUGCGUCCGUCCUACCAGAAUUGAAAAGAGAAACAUAUGGCCACAUUCAGUUCUGUGCAAAACAGAAGCUCGCUCGGCAUGGUUCUUUUAACUCAGUUCAGGCUUCUGAGAAGAUCCAGAGGAAAGUGAACUCAGAGCCCAGCAGCCCUUACAGAGAAAAACAAGGACCAGGGGGCUACUCCUUAGAGAUUGGAAGUCUGGCAGCUGUCUACAGGCAGAAAAUAGGAGAUAAGUCACAGGGAGAAGCUCUUGCCAGUCAGAGAGUGAUGCCUCCAUCAAGCUGCCUGGACACCUCCGCUCCUUUCCCCGGCCUCUCUGUUGACUCCGCAUACCGUGUUAACCCUCUCGGCCACCAAGUAGUUUCUGUGGCUCCAAUGGACAUGCAGGCCUUCUCCGCACAGAAUGGUGUCAGUGGACAAGGAGGGCUCCCCCUGGCUUCUGCGGCCUCAGAUGCGGAGAGCUUGAAGCCGGCCCUGCUGGCCGGCCAGCCCUUGGUGUACGUGCCCUCCCCCUCGCUGUUCAUGCUGUGCGGGAGCCUGCAGGAGGGACCGUCCCCGGGGCCGGGGGCAGAGAGAGACAGCAGAGGCCCGGAAGUCACAGUGGCGGAGCAGUCCACCCCACCCUCGGUUCAGAAGCGCCUCGGCGAGGAGAGGAAGCCCCAGGAGGAGGAGGAACCGGCCACGAAGAGACAAAGUAGGGACUGCGAGGACGGCCCCUUCUCCCUCGUCAUGUCCAAGAAACCCUCCGAUUCCACAGACGUGGCCGCUCCCAAGGCUGUGGGUAACAGGGGAUCCGCACCCCACGAAGACAUUCACGUGGAUGGCCAACUUCCUGCUGCAAAGGAGGUUUCGGGAAAGGCUACCGCACCCUGCCUCAUUUCUUCUGAGUGGGGAAAUACUUCAAGAAAUACAGAGAUCGAAAAGCCUGUGAAAGAAAACGAAAGCGCCAAAGAGCCGUCUUUGCUGCAGUAUCUUUAUGUGCAGUCGCCAGCCGGAUUAAAUGGCUUCAAUGUGCUCUUACCUGGCACUCAGACCCCCCAUGCUGUGGGACCACCUUCAGGCCAGCUGCCCCCGCUCGGUGUCCCAUGCAUGGUCUUACCAUCGCCGACACUGGGCCCUUUCCCUGUUCUCUAUUCUCCCACGAUGCCCGGGCCAGUUUCCUCUGCUCCCAGCGCUCUCCCAAGCACGGGACCUGUGAAUUUUGGCUUGCCUGGCCUUGGAUCAACAGCUCAUCUUCUCAUCGGCCCUCCCACCAUGGUUAACCCCAAAUCGUCGGCACUCCCCUCCGCAGAUCCUCAGCUUCACGGUCCGUGCUCACUUAACCUGAGUCCAGUGAUGUCUAGAUCACACAGCGUCAUCCAGCCUGAAUCCCCCGUUUAUGGAGGACAUUCGGUCUCUGUGGUAAAAUUACAACAGUCACCAGUUCCAGUGACCCCCAAGAGCACGCGACGCACACAUCGAGAGACGUUUUUCAAGACACCUGGCAGCCUCGGGGACCCCGUCCUUAGGAGAAGAGAAAGGAAUCAGUCACGAAACACCAGCUCAGCGCAGAGGAGACUCGAGAUACCCAGCAGUGGGGCCGACUGACCUGACGCUUUGCCCGGCGGGGGUGGGACAGAGCCCCCUGAAUGUCCUCUGUGUUGCAGGUCACGUCCUAAUGCAGAACAGAAACCAGGAUGCAAACCACCCGGACUUCAGCACGCAUCCUUCCUCUCUCCCACAUCACCGCUUCCAAUGUUAUCUCCCUGUCAUCAUGAAGCAUCUGUUUUCCUGAAAAUCAUUGUUAUUAAUCAUGCAUUUAAUACCAGUGCGAGUCCAGACUCUGUGCAUGGUGUCACCGUGAAAGCACCAACUGACUUUUGUGGUUUUGAUUCAAGAUUCACCUUAUUGCUGGAAGUCGAUCAGAACAACCUCCUGAACCCUUGUGGGUUUUGUAAAGGUGGCAGGGGCAGGGUGCGUCUAGCACUUAACUAGGGUGAGCGUUCUGGGCACAUAUUUCCCCUCACCGAGUAGAUGUGUGGUGAGAGGAGCUUCCUCUCUGCAGUUUAAGAAAGCUACUGCUUCCUUUGGCUUCAUCAGGAAGCCAACUUCAGUUGUGAAUCCUAUGGUAUUAUUUAUUUUGUUCCUGAAAUGGGAUCGAGUGCAAAAAAGUUUACAACUACAGCAAAAAAAACACAUGUGUUUCAGGGUGUGACGACAUGAAUGUUGAUACUUUUUUCCUGUAAUUUGCCCUGCACUUAUUUUACAACCUAGUAAUAAUGUGGAUAAAUGUCUACACAUGACCAAUGUCAAGACCAAAAUACCUGUGAAGGAUACACUUUGCUCUAAUAUAAUGAACUGUGCUCACCCUCUCUGGGCAUGAGACCACGACGAACUCUAGCAGCCAGAUAGCUGCUUCUCAUUAACUAUGUGAGUGGUGAAGUCUUACUGUUCAUUUGUAAAACUCCGACGAUGAUCAGUUUCCUUCACUACGUGCCCCUGUGGGUUUUUUAUUUAAAUGUUAACUGUAGAGUAUCAGGUAUGGGGUGCCUUCUAACAGUUGUUUAUUGAAUUAAUCAGGAUGGUAGAAAGGAAUUAUCUGGAAAAUUGGAACCUGGUCGGGACUUCUGGGUAGGAUUGUCAAGAGUGACAAUGUAGAAAAUGCUAUAGGGUGAUAGGUGACAUUUUAAUUUUUUUUCUUUUACUUUUUUUCUUCCUGUUCGGAAGGGUAAGAGGGAAGAUGGACAUGUUAUGUUCAGUAUCCAAGAGUGGUAUUCAAACUAGAGUUAUUUUUCAGAGUACUUCUACAAAAUAAGAACCAGGAGUGCAGGGGUUCAUUGUUCUAGCAUGAAUACAGUUCUGCAGACUUACGCAAUACCCCUCUGUUAAACUGUGUGACUUUAGGGUUUCAUGAAGUUGCCAGAUUAGAUCUUUGUGUCCCUAGAUGUACUGCUGUGUUCUUCAUUGUCUCUUCAGAGCAAAUGGCUUCCUCCCUCCCUCUCUCCCUUCCUGGUUUCCUUCUUUCCUUCACGCUUUCCUUUCUUUAUGCCUUUCUCCUUUUUUAAACUUCUUAGAUGUGGAAUCUCGGUGCAGGAUUUUAUUUUAUUUUUAUUUGGGGACCCAAUAAAAUGUUCUAUGAAAGAAUGAAAAUAUUAAUUUAAGAGACUCCGGGAGUCUGAGUAAAGUAGCUUUAUAUUAACUACAGGAUAAUAUUAGCCUUAUUACCCCCACAAGGUUUUUUUGAAGACUUGAGGUAGGUAGCCAGAUUAAAUAAAUUUGCUAUUAUAUACAAUGUUUAUCAACACUAAACUUUUAAAGUUUACAAGAUGGUAUUUUUUUCUCCCUUUUUCACAGUCUUCUCUAGAGUUAAACAGAUAAAAAGUGUGAUUCUUAUCAUCAGCUAAUCUAAUCUAACUGCAUGAUAAAGAUUACCCUGAAAUGAUAUGAUGGGUUCCCGAUCAAAACAAAGACAUGCCUUUUUCAAGUAGAUUAUAAGACAUGCAGCGUGUAAAUCUACACAGGGUAUGUGCAUUUUAAAUGUAUCAUGCUUAAGCCCUUCCACAAAAUAUUUUCACUUGAGAGGUCUACAUUUAGAUGAAAACAGAUUGAUUUUCUCCUCACUGUCAUGGGAAGCCCACCGAUUUAACUUCUCUGCUGUCUUUUUUUUUUUUUUUUUUUUUAAACUCGGUUCGCGAUAUGACCACAUAAACCUCAGAGAAUUCACAGUUCUUGAGGGGUGUUAAGAGGCAAACCCAUAAACGAGACUAUGAUUCUGCGAGCAAUAGAAAACCAAGAACAAAUUCCUUUUGUAUUCAGUCCUUACUUCUUCAUGUGGCUCUGUGAUGUGUGAAAAUAAAAUCGUAAUGUAGUGGCUGUUUCCGUCAGGAAAGUCAGUCUGUUUGUUACAGAGCAACUGACGGUACUGGAGCAGUUAAGCUAGAUUUGGAUAUUGGGGUAGUGAAGAAGCCGUGGCAAUCUUCAGUCCAUUGCUGUACAAUUUAGUAAAAGAAAAAGAAAAAAAAAAGAUUGUUGGUGAUUGUGCUAAGGAAAUGCAGCUUUGAGUUAGCACUGAGGGAGGCGUGGGUGC